GCGACAUUGAUAGCAGCUUCGCCUGCCUGCUGGAGCGGCCGAAGUGAAGUGACUGAAGACCGGAAGGAUGGUGCAGUCUUGUUCCGCCUACGGCUGCAAGAACCGAUACGAUAAGGAUAAGCCCGUCUCUUUCCACAAGUUUCCUCUUACUCGACCCAGUCUUUGCAAAAAAUGGGAGGCUGCUGUCCGAAGGAAAAACUUUAAGCCCACCAAGUAUAGCAGUAUCUGUUCAGAACACUUUACCCCGGACUGCUUUAAGAGGGAGUGCAACAACAAGUUGCUCAAAGAGAAUGCUGUACCCACGAUAUUUCUCUGUACUGAGCCACAUGACAAGAAGGAAGAUCUUUUGGAGCCACAAGAACAGCUUCCCCCGCCUCCUUUAACACCUCCCAUUUCCCAGGUGGAUGCUACUAUUGGAUUACUAAUGCCUCCUCUUCAGACCCCUGAUAAUCUCUCAGUUUUCUGUGACCACAACUAUACUGUGGAGGAUACAAUGCACCAGAGAAAAAGGAUUCAUCAGCUAGAACAACAAGUUGAAAAACUCCGAAAGAAGCUCAAGACUGCACAGCAGCGAUGCAGAAGACAAGAACGACAGCUUGAAAAAUUAAAGGAGGUUGUUCACUUCCAGAAAGAGAAGGACGACAUAUCAGAGAGAGGUUACGUGAUUUUGCCGAAUGACUACUUUGAAAUAGUUGAAGUGCCAGCAUAGAAAAAUGAUGUUUGUAUUGGUUUUUAAUGGGGCAACACCACACACCCUCUUCUAGCCUAUAAGGAGUUUCAUUUGAAAAAAAUAACACUUGAGUACUUGUAUAAAAACAUUCAGAAUAUUUUUUUAAAAAAAUAAAUUAGAUAUAUACUAUAAAAUUGUAAAUUUUUUGUUUGUAAUUUCAGGGUUUUUACAUUUUAACAAAAUAUCGUAAAAGUUGUAAACUAACCUCAGAACUCCAAUGUAAGUUGGUUUCAAAUUGAGGAGUUUUGUUUGGGUAUUUAUAGAAAUGUAAAAAUGAAAAGUAAAGUGAAUGUGAACAGUAUAGCAAGGACAAUUUAAGUUUAAAAUUUAAAAUUAAUGCAGGUUAUUAAAAGAAUGUAGUUACAUUGUAAGUCAGAAGUAUAGGUCAGAUCACGAGAUGUAACUUCUCAGAAUAUAUAUAUUCUUACUAUUCUUAUUUGUAAAGUCAGAAGAUUUAUCUUUCUUAAUCACUUGUCAAAGAUAAGUUGACAAGUCAAUGCUUAAAAAAAUAAAUUGGUUGUCUUCAGAGCAGGAAUUGAAGAGUCAUUCUAUACCUAGUCAAUAUGAGUAAAUAAGUAUGAAAUUUUUAAAAGUGGGUUCAGCUUUUUUUCCCCACUAAUUUUUAAAUUAGAAGCAUAUCCCCAGUGGAAGAGAUGUUUGUUCUUCAAUAAAGUAGGCAUUGUUAUGAAUAAAGUAAUAAAAAUGGGGGCCUGAUCCAUAGUAUACCUUUUUCUUUCAUCACCCCCAACAUUAAGGAGCUUCUAGUUCCCAGCUGUUGUUAGAUAUAACAAUCUGUAUCCAAAUCUCUAAUGAAAGUGUUGUGUCAGUAGAGUUUGAUUUGUACCAUAAUAUGACAAAUUGAUUUUGGUCACAUCUUCACUUUUAACACAAGUUAGAAAUUAUAUCCCAUUUACUUAAAUGAGUGAUUUGUAUUCCAGAGCAAUCUAAUAUGUACUGCUUAUGUUACUGAAUGUUGAAAUUUGAACAGUGAAGUUUCUGUUCAAACUAUGAGAUGUAUUCUGACUUUGUGAGAAGUUUUAGUUACACAUUUGAGAUGAAAAUAUGUUCUGAGUAAACAGAUGCUGCCUUAGGAAUUAUCUACUUAGAUUUAGAAUAAUUGUUCCAAUUUACAAUUAUUUUAUAUUUCAAAGUAUACCGAGAUAGUUGAAAAGUAACAGACCUUUUAAGGCAGUAUUAAAAAUAUGAAACAAUAACAUUCAAAAGUGUCUUUUGUAACUAUGGUUUUCAAUGUGACUUACUGCUAUGAUGCCAGUGGAUAAUACCUUGAUUUUUUAUGAACCAGUAUUUCAAAAAUAGAAAGUUAUAAUCAAAAGAUUACUUGAAGUUGUAUGUUCUGAUAACAUAUAGAACUAACUUUAUGGAAUCAGAGGAUGUUUUCUAGUUAUUCAUGGAUCUCAUCAGUGUUUUAGAAACCCACAAAGUAGUUUGGUUUUAUAUUUCAUCUGUCUAGCAAUUCCUGGAGGAUAUGAGUAAACAUCUCAUAUAUCUUAUUGUUGUCUACCUGAAAGGAAAUGUGUGUGUGUGUAUGUGUGUUUGUGUCCCCAAAACCAAGAACCCAACACUGAAUUAUAAAAGUGGCAAUCCUAAUUACUUAGCAUCUUAACAUUAUGAUUUAACCUGGAGUUUCUUUUCAUAACAAACAUAAAUCUCUGGAGAGAACUGAACAAGCAGCAUGUAUGCCAGCUGUUUGCAUUUAAAUAAAUUAUCGUAGUUUAGCAUAGGGAGUUUGAGGUAUUGCUACUUAUUUCUGAAUGCGAGAUGUAACAUUUGGUGAAUGUUUUAAAAAUUCAUUUUGUCUACUGUAGUGUUUAUUAUCUUGCCAAUUAAAGGAAAUAGGUCCUAUUCAAGCAUGAUGAAACUCAGUCUGAAACAAAUGGACACAGUCUCAAUCUGGAACAAAUGGGGGGCACACUCAUGUGAACUGCAGCAUAUUCUGAAAGAUGACAUUUAUUUUAAGCACAUACAGUAACAUACUAAAAUUUCCAUUUAUGUGUGAUGACGUAAUCUGGCAAUAAUGGUGAGAAGAAAUAACUUUCUUGGUAAAACUGUUAGAAAAACUAUAAAAUCAUAUAAUUUUAGAAUUAGAAGGGACUUACAAAUGACUGAACACUAGCCUAACUUCCAAACCCUGCGAAAUCUGUUUGUAAAAUAUCCGUGACAAGUGGUCAUCUGUUCGCUGUUUACUGUUUACAUUUAAGCAGUUGUUCUCAGAUUCUUUAAAAUGGGUUUCUGGAUUAGGAUGGAAUUAGUUGCCAUUCUUUUUAUACUUGGUUAUAGUGAAAAUAAAAACUUCACUUUGAACUGCUGCAUAUUUGAACUGUCAAAUUCUGAGUUAAAGAAGUUUUAAAAUUUUGUAAAAUAAUUUAAAUGUCUAGUAACUGUAUAUCUGUUAUGUGAACUAAAAAUAAUUGUCAUUGCAGUAAAGAAACAGUGCUGUUUUAAAAUUAUUAGCAAAACUUUUUACCUGGAAGUCCAAGUACAUGAGAUCUUUUAUUUUUUUUUCCUCUUAACUGUAAUUUGUGUAAUUCCUUUGUUAGAAGUGUAACAGCAAUGGUGAAAACAAAUGAAAGUUCACUUGAUAUGGAUUUUUUGGUUCAAAUAAUAUUCUAUGAUCAUCUCUUGCUAUUAAAAAUAUUAUGCACACAUACUCAACACCUAUGGCUUUUGUAAAGUCAGUAGUAAGCAACAUUAAACAAGAUACUUAAAAGGCCAUAUGAUCUGUAAAAAGAAAACUACCAUUUAUGUUCCAGGAUUUUUAAAAGACAGCCAUCCAUGAAUAGCAUUCAAAGGAAAAAGAAGAUUUAUAAACCUGCUUGAUUAUUACUCUUCCUGAUAUUAACAACCAUGUGAAUUGGAUAACCAAUGAAUGAAGAGCAUUGCUCUUGUGAUGAUAACUGGUGUUUCUGAGCAUUAUGAUUUUAUAUUAUGUAUUAAAAUACAAUCCUCGAUGUGAAAGAAAAAUAUCAAAAAGCAAACAGUGAUUUACAAAUAAGCAAAAAAGCAGUUAUAAUUAUUGUACUUAAAGUAAUGGAAAGGUUUGCUCUUAAAAUUCCAUGUCUUGAUAUCUUUUUUACCUUGAAUAUGUUUUAUUUUACUGAGAUUUUUUCUGAAUGAUAAAUUUUUUUAAACUCAAAAGAUCUAUUGAGAAUUUUUAUUCUUUUCUAAAUUCAUAGUAUUUGGGGUUUUGAGAUCAUCAAAAUUUCAUUCUUAAAAUAUCCUAAGAGAUAUGAAUAGACAUCCUUUGUUUUUAAAGUAUUUUUGGUGAGGCAAACUGUACAAUAUUAGCAACAAAUAGAUGACUUCUGGAAUGGCAACAUGUUCACCCUAACUAUGAUGAUUGGUCAAAAAAGUUUUUUCGAACAACAAUUUAAGGUCUCUGCAAAUUGUCUUAAGGUCUUACAGCAAAUGAAGAAACACUCAUGAAAAUCUAAAUCUCUAAACUAACAUUAA